CAACUAGGGAAAUGAAGGGUUUAAGGUGAAUUCUUCAUCAUUUUUAAGUAAUAGCACAAAUUUUAGAAUAUUAAGCAUUUUUGACCUUUUCACUUAGAUUUUCUAGUUUCUUUUAUAUAUUAGGAAAAUUCUAUCAAGCAAAAGCUGCCCACAAAUAAAAAAUUUCUCGUCAGAAGCUUAUAAAGAUAUAAAAACAGAUCUGGAUUCAAUGAAAUAAGUACUCAGAGUUCAUAAUAAAGAAGCUGAAAUCAAACAAGUCAAAACAGUCAAAUUCCAAAGACGAACUAUUUCGUACCAAAAGUCUUGAAGAGGAAGGGUCUAAUUAUUCCCAAAUUUCUAUGCAAUGAUUCUUAAAAGUGGUAGAUUUCUGUUGCCUUCUUGAGCAUGCUUCGGAGGACCAGUUCGAUGAAAUCAUAGAUAAUAACUCUAAAUUAUUGCAUAACCAGUCAAUAUUGCAGACAGCAAUAGAUCAUUGUCUUAAAAUUAAAAGUCAUUAUUGCACAGAAUUUCCUGUUUUAGAUAUCAGAACUCUUAGUAGAGUAAUCAAGGGCUGCACCAAUUAUGAAGAUAGUGUUUCAUUCAAAAUUUCUUCACCUUUAAGUUCCAAGAAGUUGGCUAAAAGUAAUCGAAAAUAGGAAAUUUGAGAUCAAGCCGCCUUCACCACAAUUGUUAUCAGAUUGCCCAAAGAUAUUGAAGUUGAUCCUACAGAACUCUUGAGUCCUGAAGUACGCAGAUCAGUACGAGAAUAUCCAUGAUAUCUUGAGGUUAUAUUACAAAGAAAUGGACUCAGAAAGCCAAGAAUCUACAUCUGAUGGCAUUCUUAGCGAUGACCUCAAUAUUGGGUUCAUGCCAAAGGAAGAGACUAAGACACCUGCUAAAAGAAAAAGCUCUGAGUUUUAUACAGAGGAAAUGGCUGAAGAAAAUAAGUUCACUGACCUCAAUUCAGUGUUCAACCUUAAUCAAGCUAGGGCUAGCAACAAGCCAAGGCUCAAGUUUCGAGAUAAGCAAGCAAUUAAGAGGAUGGGUACUAUGAAAAGGCAGAAAAUCAAGAAUAUCUUGUCGAAUAGCCACUUUUUGCAAGGCCUUAAGUCCUUUGAUCUUCAUAUUUUGAAUAUGAAAGAAUCAAAGACAAAAUAUUUACAAGAAAAGGACAUAAUCGAGAUAGCAGUCAUUAUUUGUUUCUUUACACCUGAACAAAUUUGAGAGUUAUGAUCCCUCAUUUUCUUCUGGAAGGGUCCAGAGCUUUCAAGUCUAGAUACCAGAUUUCCACUUUCGUUAUACAAGUUGCUAUUAUUCUAUGAAGAAUUGGAAGCGUUUCAAUUACUCUACUCAAAAGAAUCAAAUGAUAGAUUAAAGAAAAUAAUAAUUUUGAAGUCUUUCUCAUACUCACUGCUAAUUUCAAACCCGCUCAUAGCAAUUUAUCUUCGCAAUAUUUAUCCAGACGAACUUUAUUCGAACAAGUCUGAAUGAAUUGAUGCUAUUCUUACAUACCUCAAUGAAUUUACAGAGCUUAAUGGAAGUACAAUCUAUAGAAGAGUAAAGCACUUGGAGCAGUACCUCUACAUAAUAGAGAGGAUGAUCAGCUACUUCUCAUUCCAGCAGGGGAAAUAUCUUCUGAAUAUAUUUGAAACGCUCAUCGAUGUUGGCGAGAUCGACCUUUCAAGAAUCCUGAAGGCCCAGGGCUUGAAGAAGAUCAACCAUGACUGUAUAGAUAAGUACGAGAACAACUUCAUCGUCUAUUCCUCAGCCCCAAUGAAGGAAUGAGCUAUGAUAAUCUACAUCUGCAAACUUCUUGAGGGGUUUUAUGAGCAGCUGAAGCAUCCCACUUUGAAUGUUGUCGAGGUAUACUCAAAUAUGGUGGUCAAGAUUUUGGAUAAUACUCAAGCCCUCAGCCAAGUUUACACUAUGCUUACUGAUAAGUGAUUUAACAGGAAAGAAGUUGUGGAUAUCUUGUCCAUUUGUGACCUCCAGACUAUCCUGAAUCAUGAACAAGUAGCCAGAGUUGUCACUGAUUUUUGGGAUGGCCCCUAUGAAAAGGAGUUCUUUAUGAACCAAUCUACUGUAUAUAGGGAAGUCUAUGGCAUGUUCAUCGGAAGAAAGAAGUUUUUAGACUUUCAUCCAGAUAAUCAAUAUAAGUACUCCAUUGUAUGUUCCUGAAAGAAGAAAAUGAGUCCGAAAGAACGUAAAAUGUUAAAAUCUAGUCCGAAAAAGGCACAUUUCUUUCAUUUCAAUUGCUGGGAUCGAUCGCUCAUCACAAAGUAUACAGUUGAAGCUAUCUUUAUUCUCUGGACUUCCUACGUUCUCUACACUGAUAUCUCCACUGUGUUACAUCAUAGUGUGGAUAAUGAUAAAUAUAUUGUUCAGGCUGGCCAGAACAGAGAUAAUUAUGAUGGAGCCACUAAUCAACAGAUAAGAGAAGAACUAGAUCAGGAGUAUGACCAAAUCCAGGCCAAUCAAGAGGAACAGCUAAAAAUUUUGUACCAGCAGAUGACUUCAAUUCUUUUCUCUGGAUGGUGCCUCACAAUGUACUUGCUGAAGAACAUUCAUCAGUAUAUCUUUUUGAAGCUGACUUAUAAGAAUUCCAUCCUCUUGAUUACAGAGGUUAUUCUUGGGAUCAUAUUCAGUAUAUUUUUGGUCAGGUUCACUGUUUACUUCUUAAUAAUCCAGCCUAUGAAGGUGGACAUAAAUGAGAAGUAUUAUUACACAAAAACCUUCUAUCAUAUUAACUCUAUCGAUGAUUUCAGUGGAGCAAGUAUGACAUUUUCUGUGAUUGUAUGAGUUCAAUUGAUCAGAGCAUUCCAAGUUCUCAAAGCAUCUAGAACUUUUGGGCCAAUGGUUCAGAUCUUGGUGUAUAUGAUUAAUCAGAUUUGAAUAUUCUUGGUACUAGAGGCUACUUUAUCAUUGAUUUUUGUAUUUACAUUCAGAAUUCUGUUUUUCUCGAUCCCAGAGUUCCAGUCGUUCAGGACAACAUCUCUGACCUUAUUAUCCGCAUCUAUGAAUCAGUUUGAUCUUGAAAUCUUUAAGAAUUCAUCAUUUAGACUGAAUCCUUGGAUAGGAUAUCUCAUGACAAUUUUGUACAUUGUAGUGUCAGGGAUAAUUCUUCUUAACUUCUUGAUUGCCAUAAUCUCUAAUGUGUACAACAAGCUGACUAAGAUCAGUAUGGGAAUGUACUUACGCACACUGAUAGAUAUCAGGCAGGGACUGCAUAACAACGAGCAUUACUCAUGACUGGUUUCAGGGGUUACCCCCUGAAACCUGCUAGUGUUGGUAUUCCUCCCCUGUAUCUUGUGGUGUAGGGGAAGAAAAAUCAAUAAUGUGAUCCUUCAUUUAGAAUACCUGGUUGUACUCGGAAUGGGCUGAUACCUGUUUGCCCUAAUCCAGUUCUUCCUAUUUCCUAUUAGUUAUUUAGCUAUUUUAGUCAAUUUCUUCAGAGAUUUCUGAUACUAUCGUCGAAAAAAGAAAUCCAGAAUUGUAAUUUUGGUCGAUUUAAUAAUUUUUUUGCUCUUUGGAGUCCUUAUUUUGACAGUCCAAUGCUUUAUAGAUUUUUGGCAUUUCUUGUUUGAUUUGUAUACUGAUAAGCUAAUUGGAAAAUACGAUAAUGAGAAAAUUGGUCAUCAAGAGCUUGAUCAGGGCUAUAUAGAUCCAGAAUUCUAUGAUCUCUUCUUGAAAAUGCUCGAAAAAUACGAUACUCCUCAUGUUUCAAGCAAGAAGGUAGUAAGAGACCUAGGAGAGGUCCUCGAUCUAUACUCUCAACUGCGUAAACUAAUAUUCUAUGUGCCGCAGUCUGGGGGAACAAGUGAGUUCAAAAAUGUGAAAUCCGAUGACGAAAUGGAAAUGCUUCGGAAGUCAAUCUUGAGGACAAAAACUCCUGAAUAUGUUCUAAGGCAAUACAAUGUGCUCAAGUUAAUCAUUAACAACUGUUCGAUUCCUAACAAGAUAACAAGGCAAAACCAAUACAUGGUAAAGAACUUGAAGAAAGUGCAAGGCGACCAAAUUUUCUGUAGGAAGCUCUCCAUAAUGAGACUUGAGAGUACCAAUGAUAAAGACUUAGAACUCGAAUCUAUUACUGAUCGCACUUUCUACAUCUCUGAGUUCUUGGAUAUGGCCCGAGAUCUACAACAGAAGGAGAUCUUCUCAGAAAUUAUUUAUGCUAAUAAAUUUGACCGUGAUUUUGCAAGGAUUUGAACUAAAAGAGGCAGGAAAUACCAAAGCUCUCUUAUGAAGUCUCUAAAGAACACUAACUUACAAUUGGUUAACUCUAAAUACAGGCCUAAGGCACCUAGUUAUAAGCAACUGAUAGGGCUUAACCCAGCUAAGAACUAUACUGCAUUGAGCCAAUACAAGAAUCAGCAAUAA